AUGAUAGCUUUGAUAAAUUCUUCUAAUUUUAAUGAUGAAGAAUAUACUGAUGAACAAUUAAAAGAUAUUUAUAAAAGUGCCCUUCAAUACUCUGUAUUCUUUUCUGAAAAAAAAUUUAAAGCACUUAAUGAUAAAUUCAAUUCUCUUAGAGCUCAAUUAGAAAAAGAAGAAAAACGAAAUACUCAAUUAAAAAGUCAACUUCAACAACAACAAUAA